AGGGGAUCUAUUCUGGAAGAUGCGGUCUCUGUUUUUCCCCAUCGGUACUUGUGUCAGCCGGGCCAGGUCUGACGUGUAAUGGGUCCUGUGGAUCAACGCAGCUGCCCUGGUAGACAGAUAGUCUGGAUGAAGAAGAUGAUGAUCUGAGAUGGAGCAGAGCUCGUCGUGCACGGAGGACCGAAUCCAUCAUGCCCUCGAGCGUUGCCUCUGCGGCUUGGGUUUAGACUAUCCGGACAAAGAAGUCUGGACUGCUGGGCUGUGCAUAAACCGCUGGUGUUUGGAGGAACUGGUGAAAAGAGAUGUCCCCAACUUCCUGUUUCUGCUGCAGCAGAUCCUGAGGAAAACAAAGGAGGUCCUGGAGAGGAGUCGGUAUGAGCUGGUGGUCCCCCUGUGCCUCCUCUUCUCUUCAACUCUCCUGAAAGCUCCUUACAUGGCUCCACAUCGCGGGCUGCUGCAGGAGGCCUACCUGUUGUUCUGCAGUUUUCUGUCCUGGCCGGAGCCCUGUUGUUCAGCCAGUAAACGCCUGCUCCGUGUCAUCAACCAGGAGCUCCGGGCACCAGGUAUUUCUUUUCAGAGACUGGUGAGGGAGGAGCAGGGUCUUACCACUGACAAUAACAACUCCAAAAUCAUCACUGUGUUUUUAGUGAACCAAAAAGAGGACGUCCCCCCGGAGGUACAGUCCGUGUCCGAACAGCUGAGUAGCGCCCGUCACUCCCGGAAAGACAUCACCGUUGGUCUGAUCGCUCAUGCCUUCCAAGCAGCUCUGGGUACCACGUAUCCCCUGCACACGCUCCAGGCUGCUCUACAGUCAAAACCACCAGAUGAGCUGGAGCAGCUCCUGGCGGCGAUAGCAGACACUAUGGAGACAGCGGCCUUCACGGAGGACCCUGACGCGGCCAGAGAGGGUCUACAAUAUGACAUGGAGAAGCUGAGGGAGACCCUUUCAAUUCCCUCCACGGCUGACGGUGACGCAAACCUCGGAGCUGUCAAGAUUUUCGAGCUGCCCUUCGCCAAAUGCCAGAUAUGCUCCUGGGAAAAAGACAAUUUUGAUAAUUUGAGUGACAUUCUCGCAAAUGAGCUGAACCAAGAUCCUAAAAUUGAUGGGGAGAAAUGCAACGAGGAGAACGGGAGCGAGGAAGGGGGGUCGGAGGAAAAGAAAGAGGACCACAAAUUCCAAGACCACCGCAUUUCAACCACAUCCACUUCCUCCAGGGACUCAAUGUUCUCCAGCUACUCCCUGUCCUCCAGCUGGUCCGUCCCGUCUACUCUGUCCGAGUCAUCUGGUGUGGAAAGUGACUUCAGCGAGGACGUAGAGGAGGCUGACGACCACCAGCUGAGGCCCAGAAAGAAACCCAAGAAGAAGUCCAGUUCUCUCUUGAGCGUGGAACGCUUCUCCUUGCUAUUCAAGCCCAAUGGUAGUCCUUCCCUCUGCCGCCGUGUCCAGAGCAUGGGUUACAGCGGCGAUGUCAACAGGGACUCCCCUCCGACCAGGGCGCAGUUCAAGCGUUCCAAGUCCCUACCGAGACAGGUCCAUCUUUCACUCGGACCUGCUCUGUCAUCCAUCGAUGCUGUCCAGGAUCCUUCAUCUCCUCAGAAGCACAUGUGCAUCCGCAAGAGACCCAUCCUGAGCUGUGAUGAGGGGGUCGAAACGGAGGCAUCCACCUUGGUCAGAGUGGUGGUAUUUGGGGGUGACAGAGAGGCGGGGAGGCUGGCGCGGGCAUACAGCGACCUACAGCAGAAGGAGAGCAGGUGUCCUGGCCUCACCAGGAUGUGCAAGCUGCAGUUCUACUUCAUCCCGGCAAAGAGGCAGAGUCUUGGAAGUCCAGCAGGGGGACCUGCACCAAGUGAGGGGCAAACAAGAUGUCCCACCAAAGUCAUACCCUCUGUGCAGGAGCAAGGUAGAGUUGUGUUCGAGGACAGAACGACUGAUGUAGCACAGCUGCUGGGCAUGAUCGACCCCUGGUACGAAAGGAGUGUGCUCAGUCUACUCAGCCUGUCGUCUGACAUUCUUUGUCAGACAACCUGUAAGGAGGGCAGUGAUUCUGGCGAUGGUGUGGAGAGCCUCCCCCUAUUGGCUGACCUUGUGCUGUAUUAUUGCAGAAAUGCCAGCCAGCCUGCUCUUGUGCAGCUCUACCAAGCUCAGCUGACCUUGGCUGGAGGAGAGAGGAGAAGGGAGGUGUUUAUUUAUUCUCUGGAGCUUGGACACACAGCUGGAACCAGGGCUGUCAAGGCAAUGGGUGUCGCCAGUAAAAGGUUUGGUAUUGAUGGGGAGAGGGAAGCGGUCCCUUUAACACUAGGUGUUGCCUACAGCAAGGUGUCAGUAAGUAGAAGGAGACAAUGGAAACAGACAGAGAUGGUUUGCACAUCAAUUAACCUUUACAAAGCCUGCAGGAAACCCGAGGAGAUUGACUCAAGAACUGAGAGUUUGCAGCUGACGAUGACUGAAGUCUUGAGACGACAAUGCUCCAAGUCUAAGAUGGGCUACAACCAGCACAUCUCUGUAUCGGAGGUGAAGGUGGACGAGGUCCAGGUGAGCAGUGUGGACAACAUGACCACCUUCGCCGUGUGUCUGGAUCAGGAUGAGAAGAAGAUCAUCCAAAGCGUAACCAGGUGUGAGGUGUCUCUAUGCUGUAAACCGGGGAGCGUUUCCGACUGGAGCUCUUACAAGCCUUUACCCGGCCAGGUCCAACCCUUACACCCCUCCUACUGUUCCCUGCUGUGCCUCCCCAUCACCUCCUUCUCCGUCUCAAAUCCUUGACACAGGGGAAGGAGCCUGUGUCGGGGCUGGACAAUGAAACACUGAACGUGCUGUCACUUUUUUUCAACAUUUUAGGGGAAUUUUAGACACGUAACUCAACUAGCUUGUCGUCGAUCCACUCCUCAUAAACCACGGUUGCCGGAGGAGAGGUUUCACAUGAGGGAAAUGGGUGAGGUGUUGUGAAGUGAAUAGGGUUUAUGUGAGGAAGGGUCACGCUUGCGUUCUCCCAAAGAUGAACUAUGCGAUUACAUUCACCGGAGAGCCUCAUCCUCCAGACAGAGACUUGAAAGUCUCAAAUAGGGUUGCGACCAAAUUAUCUCUGCUGUUUGUCUUGCGCCUCAUAUCUUUGAGCAGAAUAGCAAUACUUUAAACCAAUUAAGAUAAUAUAUAUUGUGUUAAUCUGAGAUAUCUAAUUAUUUGAGAUAUUUACUAUUGGUGUUUGUUGGACUGACAAGUUGUUGGGGUUGAACCCUACAGGCAUUUAUUCAUUCCAACUUCCUCCUGGAGUAUGUGGUUGAAGAAUGAUGAGAAUAAUUUUACUGUAAUGGAUGAUGUAAAUGAGUUCCUGCAGCCACGGUGGGUUUUAACCCUCU